CAGGACGUCAGGAGUAAUAUAGUAAUUUACUUUAUUUAAUAUAAAUUGUUAUUAUUGAUUGGGUGCGAUUUUCCUUUUCCUCGCGUCGCGACCGUGCCUUAUUACAUCAGCCAGUCUAGCGAAGGAAACAGUGAACGCACUGAGGCGAAUCCCGAAAACCCACAGAAGCAUACAAGAAAAAAAAGUAAGAGAACUACAAUAAAAAAUAAGUCUUCUCGUGGGUGACGUUUAGAAUGCGUCUAGAAAGCUUCAAAACAUGUUCAAUCACCAGCGGCCUAUGACGACCGGCAGGCGUCAGGAGGAGGAAAUGGUCAGCAAGUCCAAGAGGCAACUGUCCUCGACCACCGACCCUUUAGACAAACUGAGACUGCAAUGUUUGUCCAGAGGCUCGACGGGAAUUCUCGGUUUGGGCCGAGUUUUCCGUCGAAUGGACGAUGACGGCAGCAGGGCUUUAUCUUUAGACGAAUUCACAAAGGGUCUUUCAGACAGCGGUCUUGUCUUGAGAGACGACGAGGCCGCCGCCGUAUUUUCCGCUGUUGACAAAGACGGCAGUGGAUCGAUUAAUAUUGACGAAUUCUUGUUGGCACUCAGGCCUCCCAUGUCUGCAAAUCGGCGCCGACUGAUCAAAGAGGCGUUCACCAAGUUGGACCGCACGGGUGAUGGAGUCAUCAGCGUCGAUGACCUCAAGGGCGUCUACAAUGUCAAGCACAACCCCAAAUACUUGAGUGGAGAGCAAAGUGAAGAACAGGUGCUGAAUCGGUUUUUGCUGAACUUUGAAAAGGACGGAUUAGUUGACGGAAAGGUUACUGAAGAUGAAUUCACUGAUUACUAUUCUGGAGUCAGUUCUUCUAUCGACAGCGACCCGUACUUCGAUCUGAUGAUGCGCCAAGCUUAUAAACUCUAAUCUCAUAUUUUUUUACCACUUUCCCUACGCUAGCCAAAAUUUUCUACAAGAUUAAGGAUUGAGGUGGAUAAUAUAUGAGAGGAAUGCAAUUUAUUUUAUAUUAUUCUUUACUGUCUACAAUAUUUUAAGACAAUUGAUUUAAAAAAUAAAUUAAUAUGUGCUAAAAUAUAUUUACGUUAGUAUUUAGGCAUAAUAAAAUAUCUUAUAUUAAAAAAAUCGCACAUUACAAUAAUUUUCAUAAAUAAAAUUAACAGCUUGGUAGAAUGAAAGAAAAAAUAAACCGAUGCUAUUAUGUGUAAAGCUUUACAUGUCCAUCAUUAAAAUAUAUAAAAGCCGUGAAUAAACGCUU